AGUGCGCAUGCUCCGUCCUGCUGGCAGCGGGCCCCGCCCUCCGCCUGCUUCGGAGCCUGUCAGAGGGAUCGGCCCGCUUCGGCCAGGCCUCGCCGGGCCUGCUUCGCCUCCUCGCCCGCCGCCGACGCCGUUUGGGACCGGAGACAGCGAGGAAGCGCCGGCGCCGCCAUGGGGACCCGCGACGACGAGUACGACUACCUCUUCAAAGUGGUGCUGAUUGGGGACUCUGGGGUGGGGAAGAGCAACCUCUUGUCCCGCUUCACCCGCAACGAGUUCAACCUGGAGAGCAAGAGCACCAUCGGGGUGGAGUUUGCCACCCGUAGCAUCCAGGUCGACGGCAAGACCAUCAAGGCCCAGAUCUGGGACACCGCCGGGCAGGAGCGCUACCGCGCCAUCACCUCCGCGUACUACCGUGGGGCGGUGGGUGCGCUGCUGGUGUACGACAUUGCCAAGCACCUGACCUACGAGAACGUGGAGCGCUGGCUGAAGGAGCUGCGCGACCACGCCGACAACAACAUUGUCAUCAUGCUGGUGGGCAACAAGAGCGACCUGCGCCACCUCCGCGCCGUGCCCACCGACGAGGCCCGCGCCUUCGCAGAAAAAAACAACCUGUCCUUCAUUGAGACCUCGGCCCUGGACUCCACAAACGUCGAGGAGGCCUUCAAGAACAUCCUGACGGAGAUCUACCGCAUUGUGUCUCAGAAGCAGAUUGCGGACCGGUCGGCCCACGACGAGUCUCCCGGCAACAACGUGGUGGACAUCAGCGUCCCGCCCACCACUGACGGACAGAAAGCCAACAAACUCCAGUGCUGCCAGAACCUGUGACCUUCCCCACGCAAGCCUGCACUUCCUGGGCCCACUUCCUCCCUCCUUCCUGGGGACUUCCUCCCCGUUUCCUCCAUGUUCCCUUUGGGUGGAAUCUCUCUCUUUGUUCCCACCGUUCUAUUAUUAUUAUUAUUAUUAUUAUUAUUAUUAUUAUUAAUUAUCUAAUUAUCUAUCUCUCUAUUUAAAUCAUUGAUACUACCAUCUAUAUCAUCUAUAUAAUAUAAUAUUAUAUAUUAUAUAAUAUAUAAUAUUAUCUGUCUGCAAUCUAUCGCUCUCUCCUAUCUAUGUCAUCUAUAUAAUAUUAUAUAUUAUAUUAAAUAUAAUAUAUAAUAUUAAAUAUUAUAUAUAAUAUUCUCUGUCUGCAAAUUAUCACUCUCACCUAUCUAUGUCAUCUAUAUAAUAUACAAUAUUAUAUAUUCUAUAUAAUAUACAAUAUUAUAUAUUAUAUAUAAUAUUCUCUGUCUCUGCAAUCUAUCGCUCUCACCUAUCUAUGUCAUCUAUAUAAUAUAUAAUAAUAAAUAUUAUAUAUAAUACUCUCUCUGCAAUCUAUCGCUCUCGCCUAUCUAUGUCAUCUAUAUAAUAUAUAAUAUUAAAUAUUAUAUAUAAUCUCUCUGCAAUCUAUCGCUCUCGCUUAUCUAUUUCAUCUAUAUAAUAUAUAAUAUUAAAUAUUAUAUAUAUACUCUUUCUCUGCAAUCUAUCGCUCUCGCCUAUCUAUGUCAUCUAUAUAAUAUACAAUAUUAUAUAUUAUAUAUAAUAUUCUCUCUGCAAUCUAUUGCUCUCACCUAUCUAUGUCAUCUAUAUAAUAUACAAUAUUAUAUAUUAUAUAUAAUAUUCUCUCUGCAAUCUAUCGCUCUCGCCUAUCUAUGUCAUCUAUAUAACCUAAUAUUAAAUAUUAUAUGUAAUAUUAUAUAUAAUAUUCUCUGUCUCUGCAAUCUAUCGCUCUCGCCUAUGUCAUCUAUAUAAUAUUAUAUAAUAUAUAAUAUAUAAUAUAAUUCUGUCUCUCCCUCUGUGUGUGCAAUCUAUUGCUCUUGCCUAUGUCAUCUAUAUAAUACAUAAUAUUAAAUAUUAUAUAUAAUCUCUCUCUCUGCAAUCUAUCGCUCUCGCCUAUCUAUGUUAUCUAUAUAAUAUAUAAUAUUAAAUAUUAUAUAUAAUAUUCUCUCUCUGCAAUCUGUCACUCUCGCCCAUCUAUGUCAUCUAUAUAAUAUAUAAUAUUAAAUAUUAUAUAUAAUCUCUCUCUGCAAUCUAUCGCUCUCGCCUAUCUAUGUCAUCUAUAUAAUAUAUAAUAAUAAAUAUUAUAUAUAAUACUCUCUCUUUGCAAUCUAUCGCUCUCGCCUAUCUAUGUCAUCUAUAUAAUAUAUAAUAUUAAAUAUUAUAUGUAAUAUUCUCUCUCUGCAAUCUAUCGCUCUCGCUUAUCUAUUUCAUCUAUAUAAUAUAUAAUAAAUAUUAUAUAUAUUCUCUUUCUCUGCAGUCUAUCGCUCUUGCCUAUCUAUGUCAUCUAUAUAAUAUAAUAUAUAAUAUUUUAUAUUAUAUAAUAUAUUAUUCUCUGUCUCUGCAAUCUAUCACUCUUGCCUAUCUAUGUCAUCUAUAUAAUAUUAUAUAUUAUAUAUCAUAUUAUAUAAUAUUAUUCUCUGCCUCUCCCUCUGUCCGUCUCUACAAUCUAUCGCUCUCGCCUACCUAUGUCAUAUAUAUAAUAUAAUAUUAUAUAAUAUAUAUGUAUGUAUGUAUGUAUAAUAUAUAUGUAUUAUAUUAUAUAUAAUAUUCUCUGUCUCUGCAAUCCAUCGCUCUAGCCUAUCUAUGUCAUCUAUAUAAUACUAUAUAUUAUAUACCAUAUUAUAUAUUAUAUCAUAUUAUUUUCUGCCUCUCCCUCUGUCUGUCUCUACAAUCUAUCGCUCUUGCCUACCUAUGUCAUAUAUAUAAUACAAUAUAAUAUAAAUAUUAUAUAUAUAUGUAUGUAUAACAUAUAUGUAUAUAAUUAUAUUAUAUAUUAUAUUAUUCUGUCAGCAAUGUAUCGCUCCUGCCUACCUAUGUCAUCUAUAUAAUAUAAUAUAUUAUAUAUAUAUCUAUAAUAUAUAUGUAUAAUAUUGUAUUAUAUAUUAUAUAAUAUAUAAUAUUAUUCUCUGUCUCUGCAAUCCAUUGCUGUUGCCUAUCUAUGUCAUCUAUAUAAUAUAAUAUUAUAUAUAUAUAUAUAUAUAUAUAUGUAUAAUAUUAUAUUAUAUAUUAUAUAAUAUAUAAUAUUAUUCUCUGUCUCUGCAAUUCAUCGCUCUAGCCUAUGUCAUCUAUAUAAUAUAAUAUAAUAUUAUAUAUAUAUAUAUAUAUAUAUAUUAUAUAAUAUAUAAUAUUAUUCUGUCUCUGCAAUCCAUUGCUCUCGCCUAUCUGUGUCAUCUAUAUAAUAUAAUAUAUAUUAUAUAUCAUAUUAUAUAUUAUAUAAUAUUCUCUGCCUCUCCCUCUGUCCGUCUCUGCAAUCUAUUGCUCCCGCCUACCUAUGUCAUAUAUAUAAUAUAAUAUAAUAUAUAUAUGUAUGUAUAAUAUAUAUGUAUAAUAUUAUAUUAUAUAUUAUAUUAUAUAUUAUAUUAUUCUGUCAGCAAUGUAUCGCUCUCGCCUACCUAUGCCAUCUAUAUAAUAUAAUAUUAUAUAUAUAUAAUAUUAUAUAAUAUUGUUCUCCGUCUCUCCCUCUGUGUGUCUAUGCAAUCUAUUGCUCUCACCUACCUACCUAUAUUUAAUGUAUACAUCUCUCUCUUGUCUUUCUAAUCUAUCGAUAAUCUCCUUUUUUCCCUUCCUCUUUCUCUUUGUUUUGGGAACAGUGGCUCCUCGUCCCUCUCUUGAUCCUAUUAAUCCUAUUGAUCCUUCCUUCUUUCCUUCCUAACCCAGUCCCUGCAUGUGGUUCUGCCCCAUAUUUUCCCCCCAAAGACCCCCAUGCUCUGUACAUAGCCUUGCACUGGUCUCGAGCUUCGUUUUGGACGGAUUCGUUAACUGUAGAAAAAAAAACAAAACCCAGAUGCUCUUCUAACGCCUUGUUUUCUUUCGGUGACACUUUUGAGCGUAACGGUAGCUUUGCUUAGAUGACGAUUAUUAUUAUUAUUAUUAUUAUUAUUAUUAUUAUUAUUAUUAUUAUUAUUAUUUGGACGCCAUCCCGGUUGUGUCCGUGUUUUCUAUCUCCCUCCGCUUUGGUUUUUUUGUCCGGACACGAUUGUCCUUGUAAAUACUCACUUUGGAAUCCGGCGCAUGGUUCUUCUUCUGACGACGAUGUAUUGUGAAUAUAUAUAAAUAUUAUAUAUAUAUAUAAAGAUUGCCAAACUUAAAAAAAAAGAAAGAAAGAAA